CCGACAAGCCUUUUCCAGCCGCCCCGUCGCCCUGGCCUGGGAACGGUUGGGAAACCCAUCCGCCUCCUGGCCAAUCAUUUCCAGGUUCAGAUCCCCAAGAUUGAUGUUUAUCACUAUGAUGUAGAUAUCAAACCAGAAAAACGCCCCCGAAGAGUGAACAGAGAGGUGGUGGAUACCAUGGUGAGACACUUCAAGAUGCAGAUAUUUGGUGAUCGGCAGCCUGGCUACGAUGGGAAACGGAACAUGUACACCGCACACCCGCUACCCAUCGGCCGGGACAGAGUGGACAUGGAGGUGACACUGCCAGGGGAGGGGAAGGACCAGACGUUUAAAGUCUCCAUUCAGUGGGUGUCGGUCGUCAGCCUUCAGCUGCUGCUGGAAGCUCUGGCAGGGCACCUGAACGAAGUUCCCGAGGAUUCGGUGCAGGCGCUUGACGUAAUCACGCGGCACCUUCCCUCCAUGAGGUACACACCUGUUGGCCGCUCCUUUUUCUCCCCCCCGGAAGGUUACUACCACCCUCUGGGAGGCGGCAGGGAGGUCUGGUUCGGUUUCCACCAGUCGGUCAGACCUGCCAUGUGGAACAUGAUGCUCAACAUCGACGUGUCAGCAACUGCUUUCUAUCGUGCCCAGCCUAUCAUUGAGUUCAUGUGUGAGGUCUUGGACAUUCAGAACAUCAAUGAACAAACGAAACCUCUGACGGACUCCCAGCGUGUCAAGUUUACCAAAGAAAUCAGAGGUCUGAAAGUAGAGGUUACCCAUUGUGGCCAGAUGAAGAGAAAAUACCGAGUUUGCAACGUUACUCGGCGACCAGCCAGUCACCAGACGUUUCCUCUGCAGCUGGAAAAUGGGCAGGCUAUGGAGUGUACAGUAGCUCAGUAUUUUAAGCAGAAGUACAGUCUGCAGCUAAAAUACCCUCACCUGCCCUGCCUCCAAGUAGGACAGGAACAGAAACACACCUACUUGCCGCUUGAGGUGUGUAACAUCGUGGCAGGCCAGAGGUGCAUCAAGAAGCUAACGGACAAUCAGACGUCGACUAUGAUAAAAGCGACGGCAAGAUCCGCUCCAGACCGACAGGAAGAGAUCAGCAGACUAGUGAAAAGCAACAGCAUGGUUGGGGGACCUGAUCCAUACCUGAAGGAGUUUGGGAUCGUUGUCCAUAACGAGAUGACCGAGCUGACAGGCAGGGUUUUGCCAGCCCCGAUGCUGCAGUAUGGAGGGAGGAACAAGACUGUGGCCACACCAAACCAAGGUGUGUGGGACAUGAGAGGGAAACAGUUCUAUGCCGGCAUUGAGAUUAAAGUUUGGGCUGUUGCCUGUUUUGCUCCUCAAAAGCAAUGCAGGGAAGAUUUACUAAAGAGUUUCACGGACCAGCUGCGCAAGAUCUCCAAGGACGCGGGGAUGCCGAUCCAAGGGCAGCCCUGCUUCUGCAAAUACGCCCAGGGCGCAGACAGCGUGGAGCCCAUGUUCAAACACUUAAAACUCACUUACGUUGGUCUGCAGCUGAUCGUGGUGAUCCUGCCCGGGAAGACGCCUGUGUACGCUGAAGUAAAGCGAGUUGGUGACACUCUUCUCGGAAUGGCCACUCAGUGUGUGCAGGUAAAGAACGUGGUAAAAACUUCGCCCCAAACGCUGUCCAACCUGUGUCUGAAGAUAAAUGCAAAGCUUGGAGGAAUCAACAAUGUGCUUGUACCUCAUCAAAGGCCGUCGGUGUUCCAGCAGCCCGUGAUCUUUCUGGGAGCAGACGUGACUCACCCUCCUGCCGGGGACGGCAAGAAGCCGUCCAUCGCGGCGGUGGGGGGCAGCAUGGAGGCCCCCAGCCGGUACUGCGCCACCGUGCGCGUGCAGACCUCCCGCCAGGAGACUUCGCAGGAGCUGCUCUACAGCCAGGAGGUGAUACAGGACCUGACCAAUAUGGUGCGCGAGCUCUUGAUCCAGUUCUACAAAUCCACUCGCUUCAAGCCGACGAGGAUCAUUUACUACAGAGGGGGAGUAUCGGAAGGACAGAUGAAGCAGGUGGCUUGGCCAGAACUGAUCGCAAUCCGGAAGGCCUGUAUUAGUUUGGAAGAAGAUUAUAGGCCGGGAAUAACCUACAUUGUUGUGCAGAAAAGGCACCACACCAGGCUAUUCUGUGCUGACAAAACUGAAAGGGUGGGUAAGAGCGGCAACGUACCCGCGGGCACCACUGUGGACAGCACGAUCACGCAUCCUUCUGAAUUUGACUUUUACCUCUGUAGCCACGCAGGAAUUCAGGUAACACUUCAGCCCCGCUGUGCUCGGGCUGUGGGACCGAAUCCCC